UCUCAAACACGUUAUACGCCAUCUUGAAAACACACCAGCAGUUUGUUAAGUCGCUCUCAAACAAAAAAAAGGACAAACCACAACAACUCUUUUUUUCGCAGCGUUAGUGUCCGUUAUGAAUGGUUCACGAAACAAACCGGCACCGACAGUCAGUAAGAGUCAGACGGAGACAGAACCCGGCUCGGAGGCGAGGGAGAGAAAGAGCGGUGGAGGAAUGCUGAAGAAGCUGAAGUCAAGGCGCAAUCAGCCGGACAAGUGGCCUGUGGUCACCGAGGAUGAACUGCGGGCUAUGGGGAAAGAUAUUACCCCAGACAAUGUCCUGGGUCUCCGGGCAGUCACGGAGGACUAUCUGUGCAAACCUGAAGACAAUGUCUACAGCAUUGACUUCACACGUUUCAAAAUCCGAGACCUGGAAACGGGAACGGUGCUGUUUGAGAUUGCCAAACCUCCUAACAGCGGUCCUCUGGACGGUGAAGAGGAGAGUGGGGAUGUAGACACCAGCGCGGGGCGUUUUGUGCGAUAUCAGUUUACACCGGCCUUCCUGAAACUGUGCACUGUUGGUGCAACUGUGGAGUUCACCGUGGGAGACCGGCCAAUUAACAGCUUCCGUAUGAUUGAGAGGCAUUACUUCCAGGGACGCCUCCUAAAGAACUUUGACUUUGACUUUGGCUUUUGCAUUCCCAACAGCCGCAACACAUGUGAACACAUUUAUGAGUUUCCACAGCUUCCAGAUGACCUCAUUCGCCUCAUGGUGGCGCACCCUUACGAGACCAGAUCGGACAGUUUCUACUUUGUGGACAACAAACUCAUCAUGCACAACAAGGCGGACUAUGCCUACAACGGCGGUCUGUAAUACCUGAAGGGGAGAAAUAUUUGCGAUAUUCAGAGGGGGAUUGCUUUCAUCGCAUUACAACCAUCCAAAAGCUUUCUUUGGGGGCGGGGGGGCAGAAGUCAUAUUCUCUUUGUGAACAUUCCCUCCAAACGUGACAACAUUCUUCACAAUGGACCACAUCUGCCUCCGUACAAAAUCAUGGAUCCAUUCAUCAGUACCUCAUUGACCUCAGCUUCUGGGACUCUGAGGAAUGUUCUGUCAAAUAUGUGUUUUGUGAAAUCUGACUCUUUGCUCUGUCUUUUUAUUUGUCAUUCAAAUAUCAUGUAACAUUUUUGCCUUAAGUUUCUUGCCGUCUCUGCUGGAAAGGGACACUUUGAAUCACAGACCUCUCAUGGAAAAGCCUAUGGGUUGUGUCAGUUAUAACUCCAUUUGCUUUAGUAUAUAGAUGUUAUCAGUUGAUGUUUAUUUGAACUACCUUUCGCUAGUGACAACAACUGUGUUUCCCAUAUGGAAGAACGAACAUUAACUAGACGUUUUACAGUAUUGUUAGUCAAGGAUGAUAAUGUAGCACUAGGUGACAUUGCUUGAGUUUCAUUCUUGCUUAAAUAUCUCCUAUCAGUUGUGAGCCAUCUGGACUGUUUAGGUCAGAUAUUUAAGAUUGGUGUUCAUUUUACGAGGUACAUUAGGUUGACCAAUCUAGUCUUAAGUAGAAGUUUAUUUUUGUUGAAGAUAAGCAUGAGCUCUUUUCAUAAUGUUAGGUGCAAUAUUUACCCUGCUAAAAUCUGUUCAACUUUUCGUGACAUAAUUCGCUGUCAAUUGGGAACAUUUGUUAUAUCAAACUCUGCACACUUGAAAACACAAAAAGGUCAAGAUAUCAGCCUAUUUGAGAGUUAUUAGACUUGCUUUACAUGCCAUCCAUUGCUAAAACAGCACUGAAAACAGUUUGAAACGGUAAAUUGUGAACAAAUUACACAUAAUUGUGUUUUAUAUAUAAUAUUAAGUUUAAUACUAAAUAAUAGCUUCAACUUAAUACUAUUGCUUUAAACUUACCUAAUACAAUUAUGUGGAACCUGUUGACAUAAUACAUUUAAUUAAAAUCCUUUUUUUUUUAUUUCUCUGUGUUAAGUCUUCCCACGUUAUUGUACUCCACAAAGCACACGUUUUUAAUAACUUGUCUUCCUGGUUUAUUUGGCACAAUAGUAUACUACAAAUCCAACUCUUUUUGAGCAGAAUUUGUCUAGCAGUGUGUUAUACCUUUUAAACGGGUCGCUGUGUGUAUCUUCUGCUGCUCUGAGCUCAGGUUCUCAAUCUACUAAUGAUAUACAAAGCAGGACAAUACAGAGUGAUGUUCUUUGGUAGUUGAUCUUUUUUUUAUUAAUAAGGCAGCAGGACAGACACAGAAGUUGACCUGUUUUAAGGACGAUACCGGUGGUUUUGCAUAUUGUUGGCCUACAAAUGUUGAAUGUCUAUUAGUUACAACAGUUUUAAUUUGCAAUUAGAUCUGUCAUUUACCAUUACUUGUUAAUUAUUUUCUAAAUGUAAGAAAAUAUUGCUUUGAUUAGCUGGUUCCAUUUUUUUCUUUUCUUUCGGUACAGACAGUCAGGUGUUUUAGUGGCUGUCUGAAAUGCAGAAAAUAACACCUUGCAAAUGGUCAGCAUUGCUUUAAUUCUAUUAUGCAAUGUAUUUAAAUCAUGCAAAACCACUGGAACAGUCUGGAAGUAAUUUCCAAAACUCAAAAGCUCCUCUCACUGUACUUUGUAACAUGACUCCAUGUGCCUUAUAUCCAGGUGUUCAUUGUUAAGUUGUUUAUUGUGUAAGGAAACGUUGUACAUCGUCCACCUGUAAGGCAAAAACGGCAUUAAGCUGAAGGAAAGAUAAUUCAUUUCCGACGUCUUGCAGUACUGCCUUUUGUGAAACAGGUGUCUUACAGCCUGCGUUGAGUCAUUUUGUACAUUCUUAUUUUAUCUUUGGGAUUUUAAUGUUUGAAGCAUCAGUGACAACUCAUGAUGUAGCCCAUUAAUAACUCAAACAAGUGUUGUAUCAGGCACACACUUUGAACAGCUGAAGCUUUUCAAUGACCCAAUACUACCACCUCAAUUUAUUUGACAAUUGGACUCAAUGGAUGUAUCUCAGUCUGCUGUUUUGGUUAGCAGCACUGGUGUUGCUAUGCCAAACAGUAUCGGUCAGCGGUAUUUUAUUGUAAAAAAUGAAAAUGCCUUGAGAA